AUGGGGUUUGAGGAAGAGGAGAAAGUCCCAUGGAAAGUUCUGGAGCAACAGGAGAAUGCACAGAAGAAGUUGUUGGAAGAGAGAAACCAGUUGAAGACUCUGCAGGAACUGGAGAAAGCUCACCAGCAGGCUUUGGUAGGACUGAUAAAAAACCAGAAGAAAGCCAAGGAAGAACGUGAGAGAGCUCAGAAGAAACCCCUGGAAGAAAAAGAAGGCAUUGAAAAAGCCCUGGAGGAACUAGCAAGAGCUCAGAAAAGGGCCCUGGAAGAAUUGGAGGUGGCUCAGAUAAAUGCUCUGGAGGAACUGGAGAAAGCUUGUAGAAAGGGUCUACAAGAGCAAGAAAGAGCUCAGAGGGCUGCAUUAGAAGAACAGAAGAGAGUGCAGAAGGCUCUAGAGGAACUGCAGUUGUCACAAAGAAAAGCUGUGGAGGAGCAGGAGAGAGCUCAAAUAAGGGCUGUCAGAGAACAAGAGGGAGCACAGGAAAUCCUGAAAGAACUUGCAAAAACAGACCAACAAGCCUUAGAGGAGCAGCAGAGGACUAAGAAUGAACAAAACGAAGCUAAUAAAAUCUUGGAAGAACUGGAGAAAGCAAAAAAAAAAAAAAAAAAAGCCCUAGAAGAACUUGAGAGAGCUCAGAAAGAGCUCCUGUGUGAGCAAGAGAAAGCUCAGGAGAAAGCUCAGAAGAAAGCCCUGGAGGAACAGAAGAGGACUCAGAAAGACCUGGAGAGAUCUCAGGAGCAGUGUGUUGGACAGCAAGGGAACUUUAAGGAGAAAGUCCUUGUGCAAUGGGAAAGAGCUAAAAAAAAAAAAGCUUCCUGA